AUGGCCGCCGCCGCCAUUGUCUCCAGCGCGAACAUUCGACUGAAAAGUCAACAGCGAGGCAUAAACAACCUUUCCACGGCAGAGUCUGGGCCGCGUAUGAGCCAACUGGCCGACUUCGACCUGGCUCCGACGCGAGAGCAACCCGCCGCUAUGCGCCGCUGUUCUUCAGCUCUAGAAGAACCAGCUGGAGACAGACUCGGAGUGAAGGUGAUGACGUCACACGCCGAUGAACGAGGGUGUAGAGGCAGGCAGAGCCAUAUUCGGGGAGAGGAGGAGGAGGAGAAGAAGAGGAAAAAGAAGAAGAAGAAGAAGAAGAAGAAGAAGAAGAAGAAGAAGAAGAAGGGAGGAGGAGGUGUUAGGGGGGAGAAGAAAAGGAGAACACGAUAG